CCUUCUGUGUUCCUUUAGACUCACCUCCAUCACUCAGCAAUGGCUUAUUGUGGACCUGCCUGUGCUGUCCCAUCCUGUGCUUCCAGCCCAGUCGUUGGUUUCGGAUCAGCAGGUCAUGGCUUUGGUGGCUUUGGAAGCGGCCUUGGCUUUGGCUUUGGAGCUGGCCAUGGCUACGGCUUUGGCUCCGGUGCUCUGGUAGGCUCCGGUGUGCCUUCAGCUAAUCUCGGUGUGCUCUCUGGAGUCAACCCCUCCUGCAUCAACCAGAUCCCACCAGCAGAGCUCGUGAUCCAGCCACCUGCCUCCAUCGUGACCAUCCCAGGACCCAUCCUCUCCGCCAGCUGUGAGCCUGUUUCCGUCGGAGGCAACACCCCCUGUGCUCUUGGAGGAUUCGGAGGGAGAUACUCUGGCUCUGGCUUCCUUGGGUCUAGUGGCGGUGCUCUUGGGUCUAGCCUUUUGGGAGGACUUGGUGCCCGUCGUCUUGGGCGCAGAGGCAGCAUUUGCUAUUCCCCCUGCUAAAUUCACAUGGACUGUCAGCCGCCGAAAACUACAACCCAGAGAUGCAUGAGAGAAUAUUAGGGGCCUGGGUUUGCAUAUGCCAAGCACCCCUAUGGCUUCUGAAGUUAAGGAGGGCAGGGGGAGUGCUCAGAACCCCUCGAGAUUAGGCCCACAUCUAUA